AUAAAUGAAAUAAUCGUUUUAUGAGAUUCAAUUUAUCUCGCAUAAUUCGUCGCGUAAUGAAGUAAACAUAUUUUAAUUAGGUAAACACACUACAACAGUCCUAACCGACAGAAAGAGCUGAAAAAUUUUGCGAAGUCUGUGCAAUAUAUAUAAAAGAGCUUUGAACAGAUUAUUUGCACACCGUAUUCUCUGGAUACAAGUGGUUUAUGGGUCUGUAUCCGUUUCCUCUUUGCCUUUGGUUUUAUCUAUCAAACAGCUGGAAGCGAGUAUUUGCUAGUAAUUUGAGCUUUGCAUUCCGACAUGUUUUGUGCAAGCAUUCCAUUGCUGCGGAGAAGUUUAUUUAGUGUGUUAUUCCUAUCAGAUUUAGGAUGGUUUUUGAUACAAUAAAGUUGCGUAUUACAGUGGGGAUUUCAGUGGAGUCUACACGACAACAUGACGUGUGAUACGGGGAGUUUAAACAUGGGCGACUUUUGUUUAGUUCGGCCAAACUCCGAGUUUCGAGAUGUCGAUUCAACGGAACAACCGACGAAGUUUAUCAUUAAUGUAUCUGGACUACGCUUUGAGACUUACAAGCAUACUGUGGAACAGUUACCAGACAGUGUGCUGGGGUCUGCGUCCAAACGAAAUAGGUUCUGGGAUUGUGAAAAUAACGAGUUCUUCUUUGAUAGAAACAGAACGUGCUUCGAGGCAAUCCUGACAUAUUAUCAAACGAAAGGUAUCUUAAUUCGGCCAUCCACAGUGCCCAUGAAUAUAUUUGUUAAUGAAUUGAAAUUCUUUGAGCUUGGGCAAGAGGCGCUCUGGAAAGCUACAGAAGGAUAUAAUGGCUUUGAGGAGCAUUAUGAAAAGCCAAAAAAUAAAUUUCAGUGUAAAGUGUGGGAUCUGUUUGAACAUCCAGAUACGUCAAGAGCAGCCAGGGCAAUUGCCAUAUUAAGCAUAACAAUUAUAUUAUUAUCUGUUGUUUUAUUCUGCAUUGAAACGCUGCCUUCGUUUCAAAAAAUGCAGAGUAAAGCCAACGAUACAGGCAGCGAAGAUGGAGACGAAAAACACUACACGUCUGGAGCUUUUAUAAUCGAAGCAUUAUGCAUCAGCUGGUUUACUAUCGAGUACGUUGUACGGCUCCUCAGUUCACCGAAUAAAUGGAAGUUUGCGACAUCUAUUUUAAAUGUGAUUGAUUUAAUCGCAAUAAUUCCAUUCUACAUCGGCAUAGCGAUGGCUAAUUCUGAAACUGAUGUAUCCUCGUUUGCUAUUCUGAGGGUUGUUCGACUAGUUCGUGUGUUCAGGAUUUUCAAAUUAUCUCGGUACUCAAGAGGCUUACAGAUUCUAGGCCACACGCUGAGAGCAAGUGUGAAAGAGCUCGGCUUGUUAUUGUUUUUUCUCUGUGUGGGGAUAAUACUGUUCUCAAGUGCCAUCUAUUACGCCGAGUUGGGCUCCAAUGAGAAGUUUGUGAGCAUUCCAGACUCUUUUUGGUGGUCUAUUAUCACCAUGACAACAGUCGGAUAUGGCGAUUACGUACCUAUUACUGGAGUUGGUAAACUUGUGGGCUGUUUCUGUGCUAUAACUGGAGUUUUAUUCAUUGCCUUACCCGUUCCGGUAAUCGUCUCAAAUUUCGCUUACUAUUACUCCAAAGAGCGCAACCGACAGAUGACCCGGGAUAUGUCCCCAAAGGAACAAUCUUCGUCGAAUUCCGUUUCUUUCCGAUCAUUACUAUGCUGUCCGACGGUAGGCGAACGAAACGACUGCACUGGACGGCGCUACGAUAAUGCAAAAAUAGUUCGUAAAAGUUGCCCUGAGAAAGCGGGAACUUCUGAUAUUUUGCUUGGAAAUAAUAACGCAAAUUAUGGACAAGGUUCUCCUAAGGUCAUCGAGAGCAACGUAUAAAGAAAUGUUUGGUAUCAUUUAAACUGGGGAAUUAUUGUGCUGGGAGGGUUUUUUGGGGAACGUUUUUUUGAAGUGUAUUUGUCACACAAUUACGCUCGGUGGAUAUUAAAUGAUGGAUGCAGAAUAGCGUCAAGAAGAAGGUCGAUGCAACUCAACACGAGUUUUUUAUCGGAUGAUAAAUGAGAUCUAUCAUCUGACAAGGAGGCAGGGAUAUCGCUGGACCAAGAUAGUCGCUGGAACCCGUUUCAUGAAAGCAUCCCUGAUGAUUUUUGAAGUGGAUGUGAAACUCUCUAAAAAAGGGAGCAUGUCAGGUACUUUCCAGUCAGCCACCGAAGUACAGGCAUUUGAAGCCUCGCCUUCUAUCAUGAACAGUAAAAGAAGGACAACAAAUGAUAUAAAAUAUAAGAGAUAAAGGGCCGCGCAAACCCCUAGGGCUAUGUUUGUUCCCCAGGGCUUGGUGGCCUUACUGCGACUUCUUCACCUUGCGUAGAAUAAUUCCAAAAUCUAAAAAAUAUUUUCAAAUUUGACAUGCAUGCUAUUAGAGACAUCUAGAAAGAGAAUAUAUAUUUGUUCCAAUAUAAUCAGGGUAUAUUUGAAUUACAAUUUCCCACCUUUUUUAAAGUGGUAUCAACAUU